AUGCCGGGAUUAAUUCGUCCCUGGGUUGGACUGGCUUUUGUGUCAGUCUUGCAGCCCUACGCAGAUGCCUCUGAGGGAAAGCGACUGUGCUGGAAAAUUUGUCUGCUUAAUGCAGCUGUGUGGGUGGCGUGGAAGGUUCGGCGGUGGCAAGGCCCCAUGUCCAUUCGCUUCAUGCAUAAUCCUCUUUCUGGACUAUCCUUCACUCUCCUGACGAGCAUGUUCAGUCACCGAUCUUUCUUCUACCUCUUGUUUAAUUGCCUAGCAUUAGAGAGCUUUGGAUCUGCAGCGUACUUUUAUCUUCUCAGGGAGCAAGGGAAAGCUGAGCCACAAAUGCUGGAGUCGACACUGGCAGCUGCCUACCACUUUCUUGCGUUCUUCGUAUCAGCUGGAUUAUUCUCGGGUCUAGUAUCUCACGUCGUCAACGCCAAGUUCCGUUAUCCACGACUGGUUGCUCAGCUUGCCACCUCCAGCCAAGCGGUACCGAAGGCUGACACUUGGGCUAGUGCAGUCGCCGCUGCCUCUGCUACCGCAUCUACUGUGGCAAAGAAAAAGGUUCCCGAAAUCCUCCCAAGCCUCGGUGCCUCUGGGGCAAUUUACGCCGCGGUGACGACGACUGCACUUGCGUUCCCAGAUUCUCAAAUUGCUUUGUUCAUCCCUCCCUCUUACCCAAUUAACAUACAGUGGGGUGUUGGAGGGUUGGUCGCGCUAGACAUGAUUGGCAUUCUUCGAGGAUGGAGGUAUUUGGAUCAUUGGGCACACUUGGGAGGCGCAGCAUUUGGGGUUGCGUAUUACGCGUAUGGUCCCACGAUCUGGAAUCAUAUUAGACGGACUUUGGAGAUUCAAUAUCCUUCUGACCAAAAGACAUGA